GAAUCAAAAAGUAGACGUCUCUCGCUGAGUCUCGCGAUUAUUAGGUGUGGUAAAAUAGAACAAAAUGGCGAAACACUAAUCGAUGGUUGCAAAAUGUAAGAAUCGUUUAGUGUGUUAAAACAGUGGAUUACUUUGACAAAAUGGCAGAUACAGAUGUUGACAUAUCAAGACUUCCAGAGGAUGUAAGGGAACGUCUAGCUGAACUUGAUCUUGAGCUAUCUGAAGGUGACAUUACUCAGAAAGGUUAUGAAAAGAAGAGGUCACGUCUGUUGGCACCAUAUGUCAUUCAACAAAACAACGAAGCUGGGUCAGGGGCGGGUGCUCCAAGCCCUUCAACUGCAGCCCAACGAAAGGCGCAAAGACGGUUGACAAGGGAAGACAAUCGAUACCAUUCUGAAAUCCGUACAGAAGCAGUCAUGCAAGCUUUGGCAAUGCAGAGCAGGAAAGUACCUGUGAUGCCACUGCCUUCUAAGCGUACUUCAGUCAACUAUCAAGGCCAGCAGAGAAGAGAAAGACAAGAUUCAUCAUCCGAUGAUGACAGUGUGUUUGAUGAGGAGCAGCUGAGAAACUUCCAGAGGGGUGGUCAUGCCAGGGACUCUGGUGCCAGCUCUAGUUCAUACUCCGACCAUGGGGCGUCCCCUUACCAUGGGGGAGGUGGAGGGGGCAGCGGAGGCAGUGGGCAGGCUGAAAGACCAAAGAGUGCUCAGUACUCAAACUACAGUAUACCAGGCAACACUGCUCGCCAUGCUCUGGCUGAUGUCAUGCAGAGCGCCAGACAUUCCCACCUUGUUCAACCCCCUGAUGUAACAAACAAUGCCAAAAGCACCAGACAAGCAGACAGGGUUGGCCGGUACAACCAGUCCUCUGUCAGAAUGAAUGCAGCAGGGAAUGUUACUGGAUUAAUUGACGAGGAUGCACCUGCUCAUGGAAAAGUUUCUGCCAAGAUUCAACAGCUUCUAAAUACAUUAAAAAGACCUAAAAGAAAACCUUUAAAAGAAUACUUUGUUGAUGAGGAGGAAGCUACUUUAGAAACCCCUACCACAGAUCCUAACGCCCCCAAACCUGAAGGCAAGGAACUUAUACCACAACAAGGCGAUCCACUUGUGAUUCCUUCAGGCCUUCCCCGCAACUUAGAAGGAGCACUUCACAGAUACGGGUCGUCAACUUACAAAGCUAAUGCUAUAACAGUACUUGAUGCUAAUGGAAAACCAUCAUAUAAUUUAACCUAUGGGAAAUUGCUCAGCAGAACACAGAAGAUUGCAUACAGUUUGCUGUGUAAAGUUGGUCAGAAAGGGGAGCCAGUUAGGCAAGGGGAUCGGGUGGCUGUGGUGUAUCCCAAUAAUGAUCCCAUAUCUUUCAUAUGUGCAUUCUAUGGCUGCAUCAUGGCUGGGGUGGUGCCUGUACCUGUUGAGGUGCCAUUGUCCAAGAGAAGCGGAAGCUCAAAUGAUGCUGGAGGAGCUGGUGUAGGAUUUUUACUUGGAAGUUUAAAUGUUUGCUGGGCAUUGACCUCAGAGAACUGCUACAAGGGCCUGCCUAAAUCAUCUAAUGGGGAAGUUGUUACAUUCAAAGGCUGGCCAAGGUUAAACUGGUUCAUCACAGAAAACCUGAGUAAACCUUCAAAAGACUGGGUCAUACCCACCAGACAGACAGAGGAAGUGCCUGCUUAUAUUGAGUAUGCACUGAACAAGGAUGGCAGCACAGUGGGCGUGACAGUGAUGAGAAGCACAAUGCUCUGUCACUGUCAGACCUUGACAGUAGCUGCUAAUUAUACAGAAGGUGAAGUUAUGGUGUGUGUAUUAGACUUUAAAAGAGAAGUUGGGCUGUGGCAUGGUAUAUUAUGUAGCGUUUUCAAUGGGAUGCAUGUGAUUUUUAUUCCUUAUUCUCUGAUGAAAGUCGACCCAGCAUCUUGGAUGAAGAUGGUCACAAAAUACAAAGCAACAGUAGCAAUUGUGAAAUCUAGGGACAUGCACUGGGGACUGCUUGCUCAAAAAGACCACAAAGAUGUCAACUUUAGUUCUCUAAGAUUAUUACUUAUUGCUGAUGGUGCUAAUCCAUGGUCUCUCACUUCUUGUGAUUCAUUCCUAAGUGCUUUCCAAAGCAAAGGUUUAAGGCCAGAGGCUAUAUGCCCCUGUGCAAGCUCAUCCGAGGCCCUGACCGUUUCCAUUAGAAGGCCUGGAAGGACAAGUUCCAGUGCUACAGGGAGGGGCAUUUUGUCUAUGCAAGGUCUGAGUUUUGGUGUGGUCAGAGUGGACAGUGAAAACAGCUUGACGUCCCUCACGCUGCAGGACUGUGGACAGGUCAUGCCUGGUGCAACAAUGGUGGUGAUCAAGCUGGAUGGCCCACCCCAGCUGUGUAAGGCUGAUGAGGUUGGUGAGCUGUGUGUCAGCUCUGGGUACACAGGAUCCAAUUACUGGGGGCUGCAUGGCAUUACACAAACCACAUUUCAGGUUCAACCAAUUUUAGAAGAUGGCCGCAUACAAACAGACCGUUCAUAUGUGCGGACAGGUCUGAUUGGAUUCUUAGGACCAGGUGGUUUAGUGUUUGUGUGUGGCAGCAAGGAAGGCUUGAUGCAGAUCUCUGGUAGAAAACACAACACUGAUGAUAUUAUUGCCACAGUCCUGGCUGUUGAGCCUAUGAAGUUUAUUUACAGAGGAAGGAUCGCUGUCUUCUCCAUCAAGGUGCUCAAGGAUGAGAGGAUAGUGAUUAUAGCCGAGCAGAGACCAGACUGUACAGAGGAAGAGAGCUUCCAGUGGAUGAGUCGAGUGCUUCAAGCUGUGGACAGCAUCCAUCAAGUGGGGGUCUAUUGCUUAGCUCUAGUCCCACCCAACUAUUUACCCAAGACGCCUUUGGGGGGUAUCCAUCUCCACGACACCAAGAAAAAAUUCCUGGAAGGCUCACUUCACCCUGCUAAUGUGUUGAUGUGUCCACACACCUGUGUCACCAACCUACCAAAGCCUAGAGAAAUUCAUCCAGAUGUGAAGCCAUCAGCUGUGCAUGUUGGCAAUAUCGUGCAAGGUGCCCGUAUGGCAUGGGCACAGGGACGUGAUUUGGGGAUAUCUGAUGACGAUACCGACUCGACUAAAAAGCACCAGUUUUUGACAGAGAUUCUCAGAUGGAGAGCUCUUACAACACCUGACCACAUUCUUUAUACCAUGCUCAACUCUAGGAAUCAAGCUUCAGCUACCUACACUUGUUCACAACUACACAAAAGGGCUGAGAAAAUUGGCUGUCUUUUGAUGGAAAAGGGCAAGCUCAAUACUGGUGAUCAUGUAGCCCUUGUUUUUCAUCCUGGUGUUGAGUUAGUGUCUGCAUUCUAUGGAUGCUUGUAUGUAGGUUGUGUCCCUGUGACCAUUCGACCACCCCACCCACAGAAUGUUUCCUCAACACUUCCAACUGUCCGCAUGAUAGUUGAGGUCAGCAAGUCUGUGGCCAUCCUCACCAAUAGUGCGACUAUCAAGUUGUUAAAGUCUAAGGAGGCGUCUGUAAUAGUUGAUUCUAAAACCUGGACAAACCUGCUAGACACAGACGACCUUCCUAAAAGAAAACUGGCAGCCAUCUACAGGGCACCAACACCAGAGAUGAUCUGUUACCUGGACUUCAGUGUUUCCACCACUGGCAUGUUGGCAGGUGUUAAGAUGUCCCACGCAUCAGCUACAGCUCUCUGCAGGGCCCAGAAACUACAGUGUGAGCUUUACCCUUCUAGAGAUGUGGCACUGUGUCUGGAUCCCUACAGCGGCCUGGGUUUUGUGCUUUGGUGUCUUAGCAGUAUCUACUCUGGCCACCACUCCAUACUGAUUCCUCCCACAGAAGUAGAGCUCAACCCUGCUGUUUGGUUAACAGCUGUUAGCCAAUUUAAAGUUCGAGAUACAUUCUGUUCCUAUGGAGUUAUGGAACUUUGUACAAGAGGUCUUGGAACAUCCACCGCCUCUUUGAAGGCUAAAGGUAUCAACUUAUCUUGUGUCCGUGCUUGCUGUGUGAUAGCAGAAGAGAGGCCAAGGAUAUUGUUGACCACCUCCUUCACAAAGUUGUUUGCUGGCCUGGGCUUGAGUCCUAGAGCAGUCAGCACCAGCUUUGGUUGUAGAGUCAAUGUGGGCAUUUGCUUACAGGGAGCUUCGUGCCCUGAGACUACCACAGUAUAUGUGGACAUGAGAGCACUGAGGAAUGAUAGGGUAACACUGGUGGAGAAGGGAAGCCCACAUUCAUUGUGUCUACUGGAGUCUGGGAAACUCUUACCUGGGGUCAAGGUUGCCAUCGCCAACCCUGAGACAAAAGGCCAGUGUGCUGACUCCCACCUUGGUGAGAUCUGGGUUAGCAGUCCACACAAUGCCAAUGGCUACUUCACCAUCUAUGGAGAUGAGUCUCUACACCAUGACCACUUUGACUCUCAGCUUGCCACAGGGGACAUACAUACAAGCUACGCCCGUACUGGUUUCUUAGGAUUUAUACGUCGCACUGAACUCACCCAAUCAGAUGGGGAGCGUCAUGAUGCUAUUUUUGUCGUGGGGGCAUUGGAUGAAACAAUGAUGCUGAGGGGGAUGCGCUACCAUCCAAUUGAUAUUGAGAUGACAGUGCAGAGGUCACAUCGCAAGAUUUGUGAAUGCGCUGUAUUCACGUGGACCAACCUACUGGUGGUGGUAGUAGAGCUGGACGGUAAUGAAAACGAGGCGCUGGACCUUGUUCCACUGGUCACUAAUGUUGUUUUAGAAGAGCAUUACCUGAUAGUGGGUGUUGUUGUGGUCGUCGACCCAGGGGUCAUCCCCAUCAAUUCCAGAGGAGAGAAGCAAAGGAUGCAUCUGCGUGACGGCUUCUUGGCUGACCAGCUUGACCCUAUAUAUGUAGCUUAUAAUAUGUAAUAGCACUGGCCGUCUUGAACCUAUACAUGUGCUUAUAAUAUGUAAAGAACACUGACAUAACUGGCCAUCCUGAUGCUAUAUGUAAACACACAUCCGUUUGAAAACAUUGACAAGCUAGAUCCUCAUUAUAUAUGUAACACAUAUAUAUAUACUUAUAAUAUGUGAAAACGGUGUUGACAUAAACAGCUGAACUUGAGUUUACAUUAUGUGAAUAUGUAUACUGAUCCGUAUAGUUUUUACUAGGCCAUGAGUUGAACAGCGUGCCAAUUUGUACAUUUUUUAUUUUUUGAAGAUCAAGCUCAUUAGAUCCAUUAACAUUAAAGCCAUGAAAAAUUACUCACAAUUUAAAAAUUAAUUAUGUAAACAUUUAUUUUCAAAGAAGAGGGAUCCCAUGAUUUUUUUAAUUAAUGUUGUGUCUAAAGAUUAUUUAAUUAGUAGUAGUUUUUGAUUGCUAUUAUUGUAUUAUCAUUAAAAUAUAUAAAGAUUAAAAAGUAAUUUUAUAAUGCUGAGGUAUUUGUCAAAUGAUGAUUUGUAAAUGUAAGUCAAGUUAAUGUUUAAUCUACAUUAGCUAGCACCACUGUAACAUUAAUUUAUGAUGAGUUACUUACUUUUUUUUAUAUUAUAGAACAAAUAUCUUACUGAAAGAGAUUUCAAGUAAAUUACCACGAUCCCUGCUAAUAUAAAUAACAAAGAACUUUUGUUUUUAGCUACAAAAUUAGUUGUGGAGUGUGUACAUUUUUUACAUGUUAACUAGCUCAAAUAGAGUAGGUUUAAUAAAGACUGGUUUAAUUGACAGCUUUCCUCAGGAGAAAAUUAAAUUUUUAAGCUUAGUACAUCACAAUUUCUUCUCUUUUUCAACAUCUACACAAUACCCUGUUAACUUGCUACACAACACCUACCCCACACACACUAUCCUAUUUCAACUGUACACAUUAUCCUAUAACAGCUCGGUACACUUUUUAAGCACCAGCACAACACGAAACUUUGUACACUCCCCCAACUUCCAUCCAUCAUUUAUUAAAAAACUUGUUAGCUGAUCUCAUUUUUUUAAAAAGUUUCCAAAUCCCCUCACGUCUGUGUUUGAUCUAAGCUACACUUAACUUUACAUCCUGUGUUUCACAACAGAAGAGUAUGAAUCCUGAGUUAGCUGACUUUUAUUUUAACCUAAGCAAUAACAUUCUUUUACACCACUGUGGUUUUGUUUUAAAGGACCACCUUUAUCAAUUCUCUUGUCCAUGUUAUUGUUUACAAUUUUUUUUUUUUAAAAAUCGCAUGGAUUUUUUUUUCUGUGAUUAAAUGUUUUGUUUUGCUUGUAUAUAGCUGGAGUAUCUCGACAUAAUGUAUGGAAUAGAACUUUUGUACGCUCAUGAUUGUUGGAAAGCAUUUUGUUCAUAUGUAUGAUUGUUGAUUUUUUUUUUUUAAUCAGCACACAUUAUGUACAUAAAAUUUAGUUGUUCAUGAUCAAUUUAAUGUACCUGUACAUAAUUUUAACAAAAAAAAAUUUUUUUUUGCAUUUCCUUACUGCAAAGAAUGAUAAUUGUAUGUGUUUUCACAUACUCGUGUUUAAUAAAUGACCCAUUCUUAACUGGAUGUAUUUUUAAUAAAUUUUAUUAAAAUCUCAUUAAAAUUCUUCAGAUGAUGUAAUUGUGUGAUUCAAGUAACUAAGGUCAUCAAUAAUAAAUCAUGUUGAUCACCCAUCUAGUUUUGUUUAUAAGAUCUUAACACUUAUCUAAGAAGAUACCAAAAUAUCAUUCUUGCCUUAUAUAAGGCAUGUCAUUUGUAUCUAUAAAAAUACUUUGCUAAAUGUUUUUUAAAUUAAUGAAUCGCUAGUAAUUAAUUGUUGCUUGAAUUAUUUAUAAGCUUAGGGUUGGGAUGCUUGAAAAGAUGACAAAAGUCUUGAACUUUCUUUUUAGACAAAAAAAGCACAAGAAAGAGUUCAAAUUUGCCUUUUUGGGACUCAACCAUUUUUUCUUGUUUUUCCCAACCAAUGCAAAAAAAGCUUUGCAAAUAAAAUUGUAACAAGGGAAAAAAGUCUUUUUUGUAAAUAUUAGGUAGAUGAAAGGAAGAUAUGCAAACUUGUGUUAAAAAAAAUCUAUGUGUCUGUCUCCGUUCACAGCUGAGCUAUAACCUCUGAUUUUUCUCACUGCAGGCACACAAACAUAAACACUGGCUUAUCUUUCCCUAACAGCAUUUACUUAUCAAUGUAUUUUUUUUCUUUCAUUCAGUUUUAAACUCACAUUGCCUUUCUGUAUCCUAGCAGUAUUAUUCUACUGGAAAGAAAAAUAUGUAUACACUGGCACAAAAAAGGGUUUGCCUAUUUUUCUCGUAGUCUGUGUGAUAAUUGUUUAUUCAGGUAUUGACAAAACAGAAACUAGAUCUCCUUUUUCCAGUUGUCUGAGGUACAAAAAUAAAAGUUCUUAUGAACUAAAGAACCAGACUUUUGUGCAGUUAAAUAAAUUACUGUUACCACCGCUUUUUUUAUUUUCUAAAGAAUACAUUCACAAUCACAUUAUACUUACUUUAAAAAACAGUUGCCGUUCUUUUUCUUUACUUAAAAACCAAUAUUACUUUUUUACACAAUUUUUAAUCUUCCUCAUUUUUUUUCUGGCAGCUUAUUGGAAGCUUGAUCACAUGUAUUAUUUUAAGCCAAUGAGCUAGAAAUAUUCUGUAAAAGAAUUUUUUUUUCUACAUUUUAUCAGCACACAUUAAAAUAACUAUGUUAGUCUUAAUGAGACAAGUUUAUUCAUACAUUUCUAAUCAAAUCAAAAACAGAAAUUCUACUAAGGCUUUGUCUCUGAAACUAUAUAAGGCACUUCCGUCAUUCUAUAUGUUGUAUGUUUGUACAAAAAAAAAUCAUGUGAAGAAACUGUCACAUAGUGCUGUCAUAUGUGUUUUAAAUUAUGUAAAUACAGAAACUCUGUCUGCCUUUGGAGCUUGUUUACUUCAGUUUUGUUUAUUAUAUUUUUACAGCAAAAAUAGACUGAAGUGGUCAUAUUUGUAUUAGUGUAACAAUUUUAAUUCUAUAGUCCAAAUCUUCAAAUACAAGACUUUUUUGAUCAAUAAACAUCUUCCUGCAGUUCCACUGCCAUAUCAGUUUUAAAAAUUUGCUUAGUUUUGCUUUUCUGAUUUUUUUUCUUUUAGAUUAAUUUUGUUUUCUAUUUUUACAUGAAAAAAAGUUUAUUAUUCUAGAUUAAAUUUAAAAUCUUUUUGUUUAUAAGUUUAAAAAAAUUAUUUUCGGUGAAUUUUGCAGAAUUGACCAGACACACUGUGCAAUAUAUUCAACUGGUGAAAUUUAUUUCUUAUUAAAUAGCAACAUGAAAAUAGGAGAAAGAAUUCAUGUAAAAUAAGGGAUGUAAUCAAGGCUUGUAAUUUAUUAGGGUUUAACCUAAAGAGAAAAAUUGACAAUUUAUAAAAAAAAGAAUCUUUUAUUCUGCUUAAUUCAUUUAAAAUGUUUCUUUUUUUUUUGUGUUUGUUUAUUUAUAAGUGUACAUAGCAGGCUAUUAUUGAAUGAAAGUAAAUUAAAAUAUGUUGUGCCAGGUUGUAACAUUGUUUGUGGUUACCAUUGACAACCAAUGGAAGGUGUAGUAUCUAUAGCAGCAUGCUAGUCUUAACAUGAGAGAUUGGACAUUUGACAUAACAUUUGUAGAGAGAUAAAAAAACCUUUCAGAACAGCAUGCAUGUGGUAUGUUUUGUUUUUACUGGACAUGAAGUAAACCAUAAUAUAAAAAAAAACUAUUGUACUAAAUGCAUGCUCGCUAAGAAGGGUAACAAUUAAUAUUGUGAUGUCGUUUCUUUCCUUCUGAUUCAUAUGUGUAGAUAUUUUUUUUAGCAAGCUUAAGUGUGAGGAAGUGAUGGCUUGUUAGUUAUGAUAUUCCAAUCGUACCUUGGUCUGUAUCUCUACAUAGCAUAACUCUAAUACUAGCUUAUUUAUUCAGCCCAGAUUGAGUUUGCUUUGGGUUUUUUUUUUUUUUUUUUUUUUUUACUUUUGAUUCUGUACCAUUAUUGAAAAAAAAAUUCACAAGUCAAUUUUAAAAAUUUAUUUCACUUAUGUUUCUGAACCUAUAUUUAUGAUUAAUUUAUUAAAAUUAUGUAUUACUUGACAAUCUUGUCUUAUAGAAGAAAACAUUUUUGCCUUGUUUUAUUGAUCUUAUGUCUGGUAGGUACAUUUUUGCAUGUGGUUUGUGGUUUUUUUUUUUAAAAAACAUAGUUUGAAUGAAGGCAUUAUGAAUUGCUACAAUUUUUUUACAUUAUGGAAUUUAGACUGUUCUCUUCAUAAUAUGAAUACUUGAAUAAAUCUGUUUUUAAACAAA